AUGGCGCACCCCCUCAGGAAAGUUGUCUCUGCAGGUCAAAAAGCAACACCUGGAGGGCUGUGCAACGCCGGAGUCUCGGGCGGCGGCUGCGCCAUCGGGCCCCCACUUCCAUUUCCAGAGUAUGCCGGGCAUGGGAAAGAAAGCACUAAUGCCUUAUCGCCCGGCCAGCAGCAUACAGAUACUGAAAAUUUAGAUUGUUUACCCCCUGUUAGGUUCCUUGAUGCUACAGAAUGUUUUUGGCAUGCCUUCCAGCGACUUGGAAACCUAGCAAUAGUCAACUGUAUUUCCGUUGAUUCGACACAUCCAAUUGAGUUAGAGACUCUCAAGGAAGCAUCUAUACUUGUAGCAAGAAGACACCAGGCUCUGCGCCUUGUCAUACGACUAACGGACACCAACUCCACAACAAAACAACGGGCAAACGGAGAUCACCACCCCUUGGUAGCUCACCAGAACCAUCACGAGCUAGACAAAAGACGUGGAAGCGACGAUCUGCUGAGCGAGGACUCCUCUGCAGGUGGUAGCGCGGAAGCAUUCCCAUCUGCUCGCAGCUUCUGCACAGCUGCAAGUUGCCGCAGCAGCAGCAACAGUUCAGGCGAGCGAAGCAGCAUUAGUAGUGAUGGCCGGCGUGGUGUAUGGGGUUGGAAAAACCGUCGCAGUGCUAGCGAGUUCGGAAAACGUGGAACCAGCAAUGGAGCUGAAAACAGCAGUGUUCGCAGCAGCAGCUGCACCAGUUGCAGGGGAGCCAGCAACGAUUGCGGGAGUAAACAGACAGGGGCCGCGGGACUUUCACCGCCAUGCAGCUGUAGGAAACGCUCCAAUCUAAAGUUUACUUUCCAUGAAAGACUGGGGGGGCCCAUCGUGGAUGUUAAAUACGCUACCGUCAAUAACUCGCUUUCCUCGGCAGGGCUCACAUGGCAACAGAAGCACAGCGAGGGGACGCAGCUUGAUUUGGGACUUCUCGAAGAAUACCCCUGGAUGAAGGCCAUGGCAUGGGAGCAGAAAACCCCCCUUGACUGUGAACAUGGGCCUUUGUGGCGGCUGCGGCUGGUGCCUUCCGAAAAGAUGCCAUUUGUUGCGCCUCACGGCAACUCUAUGCCAGCAGUCUCGCAAGCGGUCAGCGGUCUAAAGAGGCCUGCUACCAGUCCUGUCUACAUGCAAGACAAUUUGUGUGAGUUGCCUGUGGGCACAGUCAACAAGGGCAACGGCGCAGGGCGGCGAUUUCGUACUCACAUCAUUGGAGUUUUCCAUCAUUCAACUAUAGAUGGACUUAGCAGAAAGGAAUUUUGGGAUGAAAUUUUGCGGGCUAUCAUUGUUAUAAGUAAUGCAAAAAUAUAUGCAGAUUAUGCAUCGCGGGUCAAAGCCCUCACAGAGGCGACAGCAAUAACCUCUCGCUCUUCGACCCACUUUCGCCAGCAUACUCUCAGCUCGGAGCCAAGAUUACACCAGCAGGGAAGCAUGCAAUUGGUGUCGAAUUCUACUGCAGCUAUGCAGACACCGCUCACUAGCCAGACGUACCGUUGGCGAAGAGGGAGUAGCAGCAACACCAAUACUACACGGUCUAGUGGCACGGUAUACUUGCGACGUUGCAGCGCAGGAAGCCCAAAUGCUGGCGAGUUCCCCAUAAGGGGGAAGGACUGCAGUGGGGAUCCGUUUGAGUCGCCCUCAGCAAGCAACUGGUGUUAUUAUCGCCGGCUUUCUGCUGUAUCUGCUGGAUCUGUAGACAGCUCAGCAGCCUACCUUUCAGAGUCGCCACCUCAAUCCACCAACUAUUUGCCAGAGCUCCAGCUUCGUCCUCCUGAAACAAUACUACCCCCAGCUCUAAAUGAGCUUUUUCCAGUCAGUCCUUGCGUUACAUUGCUUAGGCCAUUGAUGUGUGCAGGGUAUGGGAUACAUGUGAGAAUGUAUAUGUUGGAGAGAGAGUUGAUGAAAGCGCUCCGAAAUCCCUUUGCGGCAUAUUACCCAUCCAAACGUUUCAGAGCUAGUGGGUCUGAAUACAAAGCAUACAACCAAGCCGCCAAAGCAGCUAUUGCCGCGAAGUCGUCUCCUAACCAGCAAGCCAACCGCACUACGAGGAAAGCACCCUUGCGGGAACAAGGGGACGGUGAAUUACCAUUCCAUAAAUCUCAUCCAGAAGAAUGUAAAACAUCUGGGGACGUAGCUUUGACCGGAGUGGUGACCCUUCGGCUAUCUGAGGAUCUCACCGCAGGGCUAAUAUCAGCGUGUAGGGAAAGAAAGAUGACGAUGAAUGGACUAAUUACAACAGCGGCAGCAGUUGCGCUGUCCCGGAUGCUUUGGCGUAGGCAGCAGGUAAUGCAACAGCACUGCCUCCUUGCCGAGCUCUCCCGCGUUGCUGCAGCUGCUAAUGGAGCCCAGUGCUGGCCACCUCAGCAGCAGUCGCUGUGGUCCUCAGCAGCUGUGCAGCAAAACAGCACACACUUUCCAAGUGCACCCGACACCGGGACACCUUUCGCGGGAGCUGUUGCCCAUGGUAGCAAGGAGGGCUACCUGCCUUCUGUGCUGGAAUCUUCCCCAGCUAGCUCAGAGCUUGACUCAGGAAAGGCAGCAACCGCUGCUGGGGGGCAAUCUCCGACUAGCUGUGACACUUGCUCAAGCAUUCACAGCAAGGGACCAGUUGUUAGCCCUCAAAACACUUUGACCCCUUUCGAAAGCCCAAGUACGCCUGUAAUUUCCAGUGGAAGCUUGGAUCGGCUUCCGUCAGUCCAAGACAUAUUGCAAACGCCAGUACCAGGGGCUUGCCAUAGCAGCAAAGAAGAGACUGGCACAACACUCCAGCGUUCAGCUGCAAGCGGUAAGAGUGCCGUCAGUCUGCGUAGUGGCUGGUCCGUAUCCCAUGUAAAGGAGAUGCUGCAGCAGCUUACCUUGCGCUCCCCUGUUUCUGGAGAGGGUCUUCCUGGCGAAUCUAACAGGCAGUUCAUCAGGCACAAAGGCCCAGUAUACAUCUACAGUCUCCAGGCAAUUAGCGGUCGCCGUUGGCUCGACAAGUGGUUGCAAGAGCGGAAGCGGCAACCACAAACGCCAGCGAGGGGCCGCAAGCGAAUCCCUGGGGAUGAUAAACAAUUCGAAGAGUUUCUGCUGCAGUACCUUGCCGUCAGCAUGAGAAGCCACAGGUGUUCAAGGGCUCUUGCUGCUAUAGCGGCAGCUUCAGUUGCACUUGGUGCAUCUACGGGCCCUCCAUCCCCCUCAUUGCACUUGCUGUCCCCACGACAACCAUCAAACCUUCCCGGAGGUAGAACCGGAAGCAGCAGCAGGAGCGCCAGCAGCAGCGGGAGCAGGUGCACCGCGCAACGAAGACAGCAAGGACACCCAAAUGAAUUUGGCUCUGAUCGCCGUCCUGGGAGCGAAGCAUUUUCCAACGAGGCAGAGAAGAAGAGGUGCGAUGGCUCUACGAGUGCCGCGAACAUUGCAUUGACUGUGAACACUGCUGAAGUGUUGCAGAGGCACAGGAAAGCAUGUGCUACGGAGAAAAUAGCAGGGUCCCCCUGCUCCUCCAAGGGCAGUGUCUUUAACAAAGCUGCCGAGGGCUUCGUGGAAACAACGGGACAUAGCUCGCUUUCUACAUCCAGCAGUUUGCACGCAGUAAGUGCAGCUUCUUUGGACGACACUGUAGUCAGGUCAUCCAUUCACAGCUUAGCAAAGAGCAACAGCAGGGCAAGCUGUUCCAGGCGACUACACGAUCACAGGCGCAGCGUUGCCAGUCGCAUCACAAGAGGACUGCGGUUGAUAACUCAGUGGAUAUGGGGAUCUUCGAAACGCUGUACCACUGAAGAAGGCAGUGACGAUCAGCCUGAGCAAACCAAGGCCCCGCCAUAUGGAUUGGGAUCCUACGCCUUUUUGAUGCCAUUGAAGCUCCGAGUGCCAGCCGAGUGCAAUGGAAGAGCAGAUGCCGUGUGGGCGCUUGGUAAGGCAUGUACGGAAGCCGUGCACAGAAUUGUAUCAUUGCCUAGUUCUUCUUUUGCUUUUUUCAACUUCCAGCUCAUUUCUUCCUUCGUCGAAGAAGUUCGCGGGGAGCUAGAGUGCUUGCAGCCAUUCAGGAACGACGCAUUCGCCAGGCCAUCGGCAUUUCUCAUCUCUAAUGGAGGAGUUUGGGCGGCCAACUCCCUGAACAGAUUUUCUGCCAAAAUUCAUGCACAGCUUCGUGAGGCUCCGGAACGGCAUCUCAGGCUUCUGCACCGUGUAAUUCAACAUCAGAUGGUCUUGCAGCAGCGGCAUUCAAAAAAGCCGAUGUUGCCGCCUUUGCCUGCGCAGCAUUCAUGCGGAGGAGGAGCAGCAGACGCAGCACUUAAAAGCAAGCGUCAACACGGAAGCCGAAGAACGGCAUGCAGUAGCAAGUGCUCUGGUAGAGCUAAUGAUCAAAUGACGGUGUCACCAGUGCUCGCAGCAACGGCUCUCUACGUAAGCGGCACUCACGUUGCGGCGGCAGACGGAAAGCUAUCUUCUCACGUUAUGUUUCCCAGUGGCCAAAUGCCUGACGUGCAGCAUCAGCAGCCGGUGGAAAAAGAAAAUGCGAGCGGCCUGGAGUGCUUGGCUGGUGGUUUGGAAGAGCUGAUGGCCUCGCUAGAGCCUUUCGACAUAUCUGUAGACAGCAGCUGGUCAAUCGUCUCGCAGCACAAUACUGGGCUCAACUACUUUGCGCAUAACUGCGUGACAGUGAAUGGAAAGAUGAAUUGGUCUCUUCAGUACCAUUCUAAUCUUACCUCUAGAGAGAUAGCGGCACUCUAUGCCUCCAACAUUCUGGAAGUUCUGCAGGAGGCGUAUGAGCUGCAUGUCCAAGAAAAGGUGAAACAGCGGGGUCAGCAGCACUCGCAGGAAAAUGAGUCCCCCAGUGCCUCCACACAACCUGGAGAAACUGGGACGUUUUAG